GAUUAGUUCAUUUUUCUGUCUGCACUCGUAACUGUAACUCACAACGUUUUUCAUCUCUUGCAUGCUGGGACAAGUGACAAGUUUUGUUGUUGAAGGGAUUACAAUACGCAUCUCUUUAAAGAAAUAAAUAACUUAAAUUUAAUUGUUUAUUUGAAAGGCUGGAGAAACCUUUUAACCUAUAAAUGACCUUUUUAAGUUCCAGAGAAUAACUGAUACUAUUAUUUCAACUCAAGUUCAUUGUGAGAAGCAAAAAGUUUGAUAUUUUUUAAGAAAGAAGUUCUAUAGGAGUAUGACCAAGAAAGAUUGGCGUCCUUUUGCAUAUGGAGGACUUGCAUCGAUUGCAGCGGAAUUUGGGACAUUUCCGAUUGACACUACAAAAAUUAGACUUCAAGUACAAGGUCAAGUAUCUGAUGUUAGAUUUAAGGAAAUAAAGUACAGGGGCAUGUUUCAUGCUCUCUUCCGUAUUUCAAAAGAAGAGGGAAUUCAAGCUUUAUAUUCAGGGUUAGGUCAACACAUGCGGUCACCACUCGCUUUGCCCCGUGUGUAACCUGAUCUUCAAGAAAUCGUCCAGUUAAAGUAAAUUUAUCUUAUGUGAACAUGAUAGAUCCUACACAUUUCCAUGCUCAGGUAAAAUGGAAGGGUAAGUAUACAUAAGCUACCCAUCCUCUUCUAUCUAUCACUCCUGUUUCAUUAAUAAUUCAUUCUUGUAUAACAAUUACUCUAUUCUAAUAUAUGCUUCUUUUUUAUUAUAACUGCUCUCUGUUAAAUUUUAUUUUUCAUUUAUAUGCCUCAAAUUGAAAUUCCUGUUUCUUUUUUUAGAAUUAAGCCUGCUCUUUUGCGGCAAGCUACUUAUGGCACAAUAAAGAUUGGCAUUUAUUAUUCAUUAAAAGGAAUUUUAAUUAAUCACCCUCAUGAGGAAACUUUAUUUAAAAAUGUUUUGUGCGGAGUUACUGCUGGAGUUAUAGGUGCUUCAAUAGCUAAUCCUACUGAUGUCUUAAAGGUUCGUCUUCAAGCAGAAAACAAGGCUUAUGCUGAGAAAGGGAUGUUCAGGUGCUUUUUAGAUAUAUAUUCUAGUGAAGGUUUAAAAGGACUUUGGCGUGGAGUUUGCCCCACUGCUCAAAGAGCUGCUGUUUGUGCUGGUGUUGAGCUUCCUGUUUAUGAUAUCACAAAAAAGAAUCUCAUUAUGUCUGGAGUCAUGGAAGAUGGCAUAUUUACACAUUUUGUGUCUAGUUUUACUGCUGGCUUAACUGGAGCAGUUGCGUCCACCCCAAUCGAUGUUGUUCGAACACGGUUGAUGAAUCAAAAGAAGUUAAGAACAGCUAUUGUUAGUGGAACUGAAGCUCAAGCACAAGUCUUAUAUACCGGUUCUUUUCAUUGUGCUGUCCAUACUGUGCAAACAGAAGGACUGUUAGCUCUCUAUAAAGGCUUUGUGCCAACGUGGGUCAGGUUAGGGCCCUGGAAUAUUAUAUUUUUUAUAAUGUAUGAACAGAUGAAGAAAUUUCAUUAAGAAGAGCUUACCUUGAGUUUUUUUACCACUCAUGGACAAGUAACUUAAAAGCCCUUUUAGUGUGUAUUGAAGAAAACAAUGGCCUAUGCUUAAAACAAUUUUGCUGCUUCUGCACUCAUUAUAUUUCAUGGUUGUGUCGGAGAGUUUGCCUGCCCCUGCAGUAUUAGACAUUUUUUAAAGAAAAAAAUAUGAAAUCUUGUUAGGACAAUUUUAGAGUCAAAUCAUCUUGUUUAUUUAUUUAUUUUGUUUUGUUUUAAAAGUGUCUAUUUUCAGCAGAUUUACUGAAAAUUUAUAUUCACACUUACAUAUAUAUACAUAUUGUACAUAUUCUUCUUUAUACAUACCUUUCUUGUUUUCAUUGUUCCAAAUGUGAUAAAAUUCUAAUGAUAAAUAAAAUUUUAUCUCCCUUAA